CCCGCGGCCGGGGGCUGUGGCCAUGGCCGUGGCCAUGCUGCGCGGAGCGGCGGCGGCGGCCCGGCGAUGGGGCCCUGUCCCCGGCGGGGGGAGGGCGACGGGGACGCGGGGGUGUCGGGGAGCGGCGCGGCGGCGGGAAUGGGUGCCGCCGGCCGGGCGGGACAGCGGGAUCGUGGCUUACAACAGCCGGAGCCGGAGCAAGGAGCCGCUCGUACUGGCCACGGAAGGAGUGGCCACCUGGUACAGCUGCGGGCCGACGGUGUACGACCGGGCGCACCUCGGGCACGCCUGCUCCUAUGUUAAGUUUGAUAUAAUUCGAAGGAUAAUGACCAGGUUUUUUGGAAUUGAAGUAAUCAUGGUGAUGGGGAUCACCGACAUAGAUGACAAGAUAAUAAAAAGAGCCAAUGAGAUGAAUAUAUCGCCACUAGCUCUUGCUCGUAUUUAUGAAGAAGACUUUAAGCAAGAUAUGGCUGCCUUAAAGGUCCUUCCUCCUACAGUAUACAUGAGAGUGACUGACAAUAUUCCUCAGAUAAUUUCCUUUAUAAAAACAAUAAUUGAUAGUGGACAAGCUUAUGCAACCUCGCAAGGCAAUGUUUAUUUUGAUGUUAAGUCUUGGGGAAAAAGAUACGGAGUAUUAACUACUAUUCAUCCUGAUAGCCAAGAUGAAGCAGUUGAUACUGAUAAACGACACAGUAAAGAUUUUGCCCUGUGGAAGGCUGCCAAACCUCAAGAGUUAUCUUGGACUUCUCCAUGGGGAAAAGGAAGACCUGGAUGGCACAUUGAGUGUUCCACAAUAUCAAGUGCAGUGUUUGGAAAGCAGCUGGACAUCCAUACCGGUGGAAUAGAUCUUGCAUUUCCUCAUCAUGAAAACGAAAUUGCACAGUGCGAGGUGUAUCAUCAGUGUGAGCAAUGGGGGAAUUACUUUUUGCAUUCUGGGCAUUUGCAUGUUAAAGGAAGUCAAGAAAAAAUGUCCAAGUCAUUGAAAAACUAUGUAACAAUUAAGGAUUUCCUGAAGAAAUUUUCAUCAGAUCAAUUCAGGAUGUUUUGUUUGCGCAGCAGAUACAGCUCAGCAGUCGAAUUUAGUGACGAGAGCAUGGAUGAUGCAAAGCACCUUCUUCAGGCAAUCUCCUCAUUUAUUAGAGAUGCAAAUGCUUAUAUAAAAGGACAGCUGGUAUGUGACCCGGUUAGAGAAGACAUACUGUGGGAAAGGCUAGCCAACACAAAAGUAACCGUGAAGGCUGCGUUUGCAGAUGACUUUGACACCUCCAGGGCUGUUGCAGCAAUUAUGGACCUCAUUCACCAUGGCAACAGACAGCUUAAGGCUGUUACUAAGGAUGCUGGAUCUCCUAGAAGCUCUGUUGUGUAUGGAAGCAUUAUUUCCUAUAUAGAAGGCUUUUUUAAUGCCCUUGGGAUGUCCUUUGGAGAAAGACAGGUGGCUGUGGGAGGAGACAACUCUGCCGUCCUCUCAAAUGUCCUUGACGAGCUUGUACGGUUCCGCGCGAAGGUCCGUCAUUAUGCGCUGGCUCUGCCAGAAGAGGCAGCAGAGGCUGUGCCCGUGGAGGGUGCUGUGGGAGCCGAGGGACCAAAAGAAGAACAGAAGGAAAAGAGGCAGCAGUUAAUGCGGGAGAGAAAACCCCUCCUGGAGGCUUGUGACAGUCUGCGUGGAGACCUUGCUGCCUUUGGAAUCCACAUAAAGGACAGAGCUGCUGUUUCAACCUGGGAAAUGGUGGAAGGAGGACAAGCCGAGCAGCAGACCGAGAAAAAAAGCUGAUCCUUCAUCCUUGGACUUGGUUCCUUGGUUUGGUUUUUGGUUUUUUUUAUUUCAGAUGCUUUGGCAACAGUUGUAAAUACCUAAUACUUGCCAAAUAAAAUCUUUGGAACAGAAUGGCUGACAAAGAUAUAAUACAAUCUGAGCAAAGCUGUUGCCGCUACUCCUAGGUAAAUAAGGCUCGCAGCGGGUGUGUACGUGGUGUGUACGUGGUGUGGUGAUCUUUAACCAUAAUAUAAUGGUAUCCAGUUACCUGGUAUCUUUUCAGUUUGCUUUUGCGCAGAAUAGAUUGAGAUUUCCCUAGCACUGGGAGUACAGCACGCUCAGGAUCUCUCCAUCCUAACGGGGAAGAUAAAAUUAGUAUGUUUAGUUAUUACUUUGCAGAGGAUUGAAUAACUGAACAGGUAAGUAACCUGCAUAAAUUUCAAGAUCAGUGUUAAGUGUCAGCACUGAAGAUAAAAUGCCCGUUGUACAUUGUAGGAUAAUAUCCACACAGGUCAGAUCAGAACAGCCUCCUUCUUUUGCCAUGUUUGUGUUUAAAAAAUAAAUAAUCCCCUGGAGCGUGCGGCUGGAGGUAGAUGGAUCGUGGCCUGCCGUGCACAAGGCACCUGUGUUCCAGUGGCUGAGUUUACACGGGGCUUGUACUUACCUAGGGGCAUACUGCCUUUAAACCAGUGUA